CAGAGCACAUACAUGGCAUCCGACGGAAGACAUCUGGGGCAUCUGCCCAGUGGUCUGACAAUCUGCUGCUCCAUCCCUGACAUGCUCUUCCUACCUGAGCUCGUUUUCGGGGGACUGGUGUGGAUUCUGGUGGCGUGUACGUAUAUUGUGCCAUAUAACCCCCAGGCCUAUGUCAUGGCGGUCUCCGUCUUCUGUUUCGUUUGUACCUUCCUGUGGAUGAUGGUUUUCAUGUGUGGUUCCCAUAACAACCGGAACUCCUGGGCAACCGCGGAUGUGUUUUAUCAUUUCCUCGCCUCUGUGCUCUACCUCAGUGCUUCUGUGCCACUGGCCAUGGUCACCCUGGCCUUUAAUUCCAGUUUAACCCUGAUCUACCAGCUCAAUAUCUCUGCAGUGGUGUUUUCCUACUUGACCACACUGCUGUAUGUCAUACACACAAUUUUCUCUGCCAUCCGAUGGAAAACUUUUUAGAUCAGAACACCCUCCUCAUCCUCCCGCCUGCACUCUGACUACCUUGGUGUGUGUGUGUGACUCAAGCAGCCCUGUUGACCUGCACUGAUCAACCCCAACUCUUGUAACUUCAGUCUCAUUCCUCUUUAAAAUCAAGUGCACAUUUAGUCUUAUGGGGCAGUGGUAGCUCAG